AUGAAAGUGACCGUGUGCUUCGGCAGGACCGGCAUCGUGGUGCCCUGCAAGGAGGGCCAGCUGCGCGUGCGGGAGCUCACGCAGCAGGCGCUGCAGCGCUACCUGAAGACCCGCGAGAAGGAUCCUAGUUACUGGGUGAAGAUUCAUCACUUGGAAUAUACAGAUGGAGGGAUCCUGGAUCCAGAUGACAUCUUGGCAGAUGUUGUUGAAGACAAAGAUAAGCUGAUUGCUGUGUUUGACGAACAAGAACCACUCCACAAGAUUGAGAGCCCCAGUGGAAACCCCACCGAUCGACAGAGCCCAGAUGCUUUUGAGACAGAAGUGGCUGCCCAACUGGCUGCAUUCAAACCAAUUGGUGGAGAAAUUGAAGUAACCCCUUCUGCUCUGAAAUUAGGCACUCCACUGCUGGUGAGGAGAAGCAGUGACCCAGUGCCUGGGCCACCUGCUGACACCCAGCCAAGCGCUUCACACCCUGGUGGCCAGAGUCUGAAACCUGUUGUUUCAGAUUCCAUGCAGAACUUGGAAGAUGGAGAAAUUAUGAAUGGUACCCAGACAGAACUACUGACAUCACCAAAACCCAAGGAUGCAUUGAGUGAUAUGACGAGAAGAGUGGAGAUUUCUGGGGAAGGAGGUCCUUUGGGAAUACAUGUUGUGCCGUUCUUUUCAUCUCUGAGUGGAAGGAUCCUAGGACUCUUCAUCCGAGGCAUUGAAGAAAACAGCAGGUGCAAACGGGAAGGACUCUUUCAUGAGAAUGAAUGUAUUGUAAAAAUCAACAGUGUGGAUCUUGUGGACAAAACUUUUGCUCAGGCACAAGGUAUCUUCCGUCAGGCGAUGAACUCUUCAAGUGUGCUCCUCCAUGUGCUUCCACCUCAAAACCGUGAACAGUAUGAAAAAUCAGUCAUCGGACCCCUUAACAUAUUUGGUAACAGCAAUGGUGCAUUGAGAACAAAGGUGACACCACCUGUCCAUGGGAAACCGGGACUGAAGACAGUAAAUCUCACAGGAAUGAACAGUCCUGAAACAGAUACAUCAGCUUCCCUGCAGCAAAGCAAGAGCCCCCGAGUACCAAGACUAGGAAGAAAGCCUUCCUCUCCCUCACUCUCCCCUCUCAUGGGGUUUGGCAGCAAGAAGAAUGCCAAGAAAAUUAAGAUUGACCUAAAGAAAGGUUCUGAAGGACUUGGUUUCACUGUGGUUACUAGAGAUUCUUCCAUCCAUGGGCCUGGGCCAAUUUUUGUAAAAAAUAUUUUACCAAAAGGAGCAGCAAUAAAAGAUGGUCGCCUACAAUCAGGGGACAGAAUUUUGGAGGUAAAUGGUAAAGAUGUCACUGGACGAACUCAGGAAGAGCUUGUCGCCAUGCUGAGGAGCACCAAGCAAGGAGAAACAGCAUCAUUGGUCAUUGCCCGCCAAGAAGGAAGUUUUCUGCCUCGAGAGCUGAAAGGAGAACCUGACUGCUAUGCACUCUCCCUGGAGACAAGUGAGCAACUUACCUUCGAGAUCCCCCUGAAUGAUUCAGGCUCUGCUGGCCUAGGAGUGAGUUUGAAAGGGAACAAAUCCCGAGAGACUGGCACAGACCUGGGGAUUUUUAUUAAAUCCAUCAUCCAUGGAGGCGCAGCCUUCAAGGAUGGUCGUCUGCGAAUGAAUGACCAGCUGAUUGCAGUUAAUGGGGAAGCUCUUCUGGGAAAGUCCAACCAUGAGGCUAUGGAAACACUUAGACGAUCAAUGUCCAUGGAGGGAAACAUACGAGGGAUGACCCAGUUGGUGAUUCUAAGGCGGCCAGAGAAACAAAUGGAGGAGUUUGCAGAGUGUGGAGCACUGCCCAAGCCAUGCUUUGAGAACUGUCAAAACGCUCUCAGCCCCUCCAGGAGAAACGAUGGUAGUCUAUUACAUCCAUUUGGCACUUACAGUCUACAAGAUAAACAGAAAGACCUAUUGCUUCCCAGUGACGGAUGGGCUGAGAGUGAAGAACCACCAUCCUUGCCACCACAUCCUGGUCUGGAAUUGGGCCUUGAAGAUUACAGCCAUAGCUCUGGGGUGGAUUCGGCAGCAUACUUUCCAGAUCAGCACAUCAAUUUCAGAUCCGUGACGCCAGCCAGGCAGCCUGAAUCAAUUAACCUGAAAGCCUCCAAAAGCAUGGACCUGGUGCCUGAUGAGAGCAAAGUGUAUUCAUUGGCUGGACUGGCUGGACACAGAUCAGAAUCUCCGAGCAAAGAUUUUGGUCCAACUCUGGGAUUGAAAAAGUCCAGCUCCUUGGAGAGUCUGCAGACGGCUGUGGCUGAAGUCAGGAAGAACGACCUGCCCUUCCACAGGCCCCGGCCUCAUAUGGUUCGAGGCCGAGGUUGCAAUGAGAGCUUCAGAGCAGCCAUUGACAAAUCAUAUGAUGGACCUGAGGAGUUAGAAGCAGACGGUCUCUCAGAUAAGAGCUCUCAGUCUGGCCAAGGUGCUCUGAAUUGUGAGCCCGCCCUUCAGCGGAGCUCUGAGCUAGAGGACGUGGAAAAUAAAACCAGGAAAGUCAAAAAAACAAAAGAGAAAGAGAAGAAAAAGGAAAAGGGCAAGAUGAAAGUCAAGGAAAAAAAGCAGAAGGAGGAAAAUGAAGACUCGGAGAGGAAAAUGAAGAGGAAGGGGUUGGGUGCCAUGCUGAGAUUUGGAAAGAAGAAAGAUGAGAAGGGUGGAAAGGCUGAGCAAAAAGGUGCACUGAAAUCUGGGACCCUGGGAGAAGGAGAGCUGGAGAAAAUGAAAGAGGAACGAGACCGGAUUGGAGCAAAACAUCAGGAGCUGAGGGAAAAGCAAGCAAGAGUUCUUGUUGAUUAUGCUGCGGGAGCAACUGGAUCAGUGCACGACAUGGAUGAUGAUGAAAUGGACCCCAAUUAUGCCAGAGUGAACCACUUUCGCGAACCAUGCACAUCAGCAAAUGUCUUUAGAUCUCCAUCUCCCCCAUGGACUGGACCACUCAGUUACACUCGUGAUGGCCGUGCACUGUCUCCAGAGAGAGACCACUUAGAGGGGCUCUAUGCCAAAGUCAACAAGCCAUAUCAUCCACCAACUCCAGCUGACAGUGGCGGUCCCGUGAGUGGAAGCAGCGAUCGCAUCCAGAAGCUUCGGAAGGAGUACUAUCAGGCCCGGAGGGAGGGCUUCCCUUUGUAUGACGAUGAGGAAGCGAGAAUGAGGCCUUCUGACUAUGACCUCCAUUGGGUGUCUGGAAAGGGUCCAGAUGGGAAUAUGCACAACCUCCGCUUUGAAGGGAUGGAGAGACAGUACGCAUCCUUACCCAGGGGAGGACCAGCAGACCCUGCAGACUAUCUGACAGCAGCAUCCCGAGGGCUCUACAAGGAAAGGGAGCUUCCAUACUACCCAGGGGCUCAUCCUGGGCAUCCACUCAAAGUGGGGAGCUAUGCCCGCCCCCCAGAUCUGAGGUUGGCAGAUCUCCGCUAUCCUCAGUACUACCCACCCCCACCUGCUCCUCUGCACAAAGGACCCUUCCGACAAGAUGUUCCACCUUCUCCUCCUCAACACCAGAGAGUGCCAACCUAUCAGGAAUUGGGCAGAGCAGGGCCCCGAAGAAGCAGCCCUGAUCAGUACCCCUACCAUUCCCAGGACCCUCGGCAGAAAAACCCCGUGACUGCAGCCGUAUAGCUGAACACCAACAAGAACGGUCCCUCAAGGAAGACAUCCAACACCACCUUCACCUAGUCCCUGAUGCCUUCUCUGGGUUAACAUUCUCCACGGUACACAGUAGCCUUUUCUCACUGAAGAUGCCACACUUGAUUGUCUAUCAGGGCAGGAAAGGAAUAGGGGUUUGUUUGGUUGUUGUUUUUUUCUUUGGGGGGGGGGGUGGUAUAGGAUAUUGGAUACUGAAGGAUGAGGAAGAAUAGAACCGUAGAAACGAUACUUCGAGAUACUUGAAAGGCUUGUCUAAUUGCUCAAUUCAAUGCCAAUGCCAAUUGAAUAAGCAACUAACAAUGGCUAUGUCUGGUAUAGCACCCCCUAGCUAGAAUUACCUGUGCUGGUGACAUACCCCACACCCCACAGGUUGGCACUAGAGGGCCAAUCUCUUCCUGUAUCCUUGCCCAUUCAGAGGGACAACCUUGAACAUUCACUGGAGCAGUAAGGCUUAGAGGUAAAGAGGCUAGCAAUAUGUGUGCCUUAGUAAGUCUGGUGUAUUCUCUGAGGGGAAAAAAAGUAACAGCAAAUAUGGCUAGUGACCACCUUGAAAUAUUUCAUACCCAGAGAAGGGCUUCUCUGGGAGAAGUUGCAAAGCUAAUCAGAGCUUCCAGAAGGAAUACAGUCCAAGGACCAAGUAAAGAGCUGAUUAAGGUCUUAACCUUAUUCCCACUCACAUACCAGGCACAGUCACUUAGGGAGAUAGUUGGUUUCAGAGUCAUCCCUGAAUCUUCUGCCUGUAACUAUUACAACUGGGGCCUCUAAGACAAAGCUAAAAUAUACCUGGGGAAAAAUAAAGGAGAACCUGCUAGCCAGGCCACCCAGGAAAGCAAUGCACCAAGGAUGCCAGUUCCACAUUGAGUGCCAAACAGAACCCAUCUGAACUCAGGAGGAGUAAGGAGCUGACCAUGGCUGCUGGAAAUUGACCACUAGCAGUGAAUGAUUGGUGCUGGUGGUGGUGGUGGUGGUGGUGGUGGUGUGUGUGUGUGUGUGUGUGUGUGUGUGUGUGUUCAAUCAUAUGUGAUCACCAGUCUGGAGGAUGAAAGAUAAAAAUGCUGUCUAGGAAAUUUGAUGAGGAAGGUCAAGGAAGGAAAGGGAGAGGUAUGUGAUUAAAUCAAUCUGCAUCUGCCACAUUUCAUUAACAUAUGUUAGGGCAAGGCCUUCAAGUAGAAAAGGAAGGUUUUAUGGCUUGAGAAGCUGAAACCCAAUGCUCAAAAGUACUUAUGCAAAACAACUGUCUUUUGAGUUUCAUAGCUAUUUCUACAUAAGCAAAACAGUUAGCCAGGUGCUGGCAGCUCAUGCCUGUAAUUCUAGCUACUCAGGAGACUGAGGAUCAAGGUUCAAAGCCA